AUGUCGUUGGAACCGGAUGUGGAGCGUGUGGAGCGCAUAGCGAAGAACGAUCCAGAGUACAUGGACACGUCGCCGGAGGCUCUUGCUGCGACGGCGUUUGUCACGCAGUACUUCAUCCAGCAGCUGUGCGGGGACUCCCUCAGCGUGUCCGCUUACCGGAAUGCACCCUCCGCUGCGGGCGAUGGUGAUGGUGAGGGUCCCACGUUACAUCUCGAGUACAUGGAUAUCGCGGACUGCGUGGCCGUGAGGAACCAGUACGCCUUCUUGGGGGAGAUGAUACCGCGGACGAAGAACUUGGCGGAACUCGUCGCUCAGAACAAAGUGAGGUACGUGACAGAGGUGUUCACGCCAGCCCAGGUUGGCGUGGCCCGUGAUGGUGGGUCGCUGGCAAGUUCCUCCGGUGCUGUCCAGAUAGAUAUAGACACGGAGAGUGACUGA